AUGUCGUUCAAGUGGUCGUGGUUGGUGGUGACGCUGGUCGUCAUCUUUGCCUUGGUAGUGGGUGGCUUUGCAGUUUGGUUCGUGGCCUGGCUGGUAAGACAUCUGACUACUCAACUGCGACAACGACAUGGUUCCCCCGAAAGAAGUAUCCAAGAUCCAGAGGGUUUUGACUCUCCGGCGAGGGAAUGGGUUCAUCCAUACAUUCAGGAGAUGCGAGACAACCCAUACGUUUAUUACCAUCCAGAUCUUUACCGCCCUCCUUCGCCAGCUCCUUCAUCGCCUAGGCCGUUCAACAUUGGAACACCCUCUAAUUGGCCUCCACCUCUGCCUCCAGGGGACGGCAACAAGACCAGACGGCCCACAAGCGGCUCUUCUGAUUAUGCUCGCUCUUGGGUUACUGUUUCUAAUCAUUCGUUCACUAGCCAACUGACUUUGGAGACAGGUGCUUCUCGUGACUCACUUGCCCUGGAGACCCCUAUUUCUCAUGUCCUGCUGGGAAUGAAUACUGAGAGCCCAUCACGCCGAGCAUCCGAAACGAUUCCAUGCGAUCAUUCUCGUCGGGGUUCAUGGCCACUUCAAACCUCCUUGCUGCGCGCCCAAACUGGCCGCAACUCCUCCCCUGAGGACACAACAGCCUCGGUUCGAUGGCCGUUUUUGGGGAAAGUGCGAAGUGAUCUGUUCAGUGCAAGUUCUCUGCUGAGCUCGGAGUCUGGCGACAGUCCGCUUUGGGAUGACUGGACCGACAAGAGACGAUCCAAGGCUGCGUCAGAAUUGGAGCCGAAAACGCCUGGAUUUGCCGGCGAGAAGAAUAGACAACAGGAAGGAGCCUACCGAAUAAACUUUGAUCUGCAUAGACAGACUCCAUAG